CCAUCCUGAACUAUGGCUGCUGCAACCCGCAAAAAAGCACUGAGAUUUUUCUCUCAGUUCGGAGCUUUUAUUCUAACCCGGUUCGGCUUCUGGAACUGCUUCGCCAUGUUGAUGCUGUUCGCGGAGCGCGCCGACGUCAAACGGAAGCCAGAUAUCCAGGUGCCUUACCUGUACAUAGAUCUGGGAGCUGCAGUGCUGUGUGCCAGUUUCAUGUCGUUCGGGGUGAAGAGAAGAUGGUUCGCGCUGGCAGCUGCCAUUCACCUGGCCCUCAGCACAUAUGUGUCCUAUGUGGGAGGACAGGUCCAUUAUGGAGACUGGCUGAAGGUACGGAUGUACUCCCGAGCAAUGGCCAUCAUCGGAGGCUUUCUGAUUCUGUCCAGUGGAGCAGGGGAGGUUUACAGACAGAAACCUCGCACACGCUCACUUCAGUCCACUGGGCAGGUCUUCCUGGGCAUUUACUUGAUAUGUAUGGUUUACUCACUUCAGCACAGUAAGGAGGACCGGCUGGCUUAUCUGGACCACAUUCCCGGUGGAGAGAUGACCGUGCAGCUGCUGGUGCUGGUGUUCGGUGUGCUGGCGCUCGCAUACCUCUCGGGAUGUUACGUGCGCGUGGCUUCACAGAUCCUGGCUGUCCUCUUACCGCUGGUCAUCCUCUUCAUCGACGGUAACAUCGGUUAUUGGCACCGCAGCUGCAGAGUGGAGUUCUGGAACCAGGUGAAGCUCAUCGGGCAGAACGUGGGCAUCUUCGGAGCCGUGCUCAUUCUGGCCACCGACAGCUAAAGAUGCAUGAAAGAUCUCUGUACAGGACAAACGGUGAGCUCGUGUGUGUCUCAGGGGAUCAUUUUGAUGACGUUAAUGCUCUGAACGUGCGGACGUUCAAAGGUGCCGAGGAUGCAAUUCUCAGCUCGCUCUUUGGAGUAUCAGAUCGCGAGCGUAAAGUCUUCUGAAGACUGUUUACAUUACAUUUUGUUUGCUUUUUUUUUAAUAUGCGGUAUUUAAAAUUGAAUAACGACUACAAGUCUUAAAAGCUAAAGCUGAAUGCUGAUUUAAAGGGGUAGUUCACGCACAAAUAGAAAGUUAUUAUCUAUUUACCCUCAGGUCGUUUCCAUCCUUCUUGAGAUAAUUUUUUCCUGUUGAACACAAAAGAAGAUAUUUUGAAGAAUGUUGAAAUCCUGUAACUAUUGAUCUGUAGGAAAAACAAAUACUAUGGAAGUGGUUGCAGCUUUCUUCAAAAUAUCUUCUCUUUCGUUCAACAGAUAAGAGAAACACAGGUUUGAAACAAGUAAAUGGUGAGUAAACGAUGACAGAAUUGUAAUUUUUGGGUGAACUAUCCCUAUUAAGGGGACGACGAUGAGUCUUAAUAGUUAAAUUAAAGUUGAAUGGUGAUUUAAAGGGGUAGUUCACACACAAAUGGAAAGUUGCUCAUUAUUUAUUCAUCCUCAAGUCGUUUCCAUCCUUCCUGAGUUUAUUUUUAUCUGUUGAACACAAAAGAAGAUAUUUUGAAGAAUGCUGAAAUCCUCUAACCCCUUGACUUCUAUUGUUGGAAAACAAUUACUAUGGAAGUCAAUGGUUGCAGCUUUCUUCAAAAUAUCUUCACUUGUGUUCAACAGAAAAGAGAAACACAGGU